AUGUUGAUCCCAAUUCUCGACGUCUGCAGAAAGAGGAAGCGGACCCCCAAGUGCUUCGACUUCCACAGCUUCGGCGAUCCAGGCUCCCGGAUCGCAUUCACCGCUCCCUUCCGUGAUAACAUCAGAAUCUUCAUAAACGAGUGUGCAGAGCUUGAAGAUUACGAAAUUGAAGGAAUGCCCAUAUGGUGCACUCUAUUGACCACCACAAGCAAUGUCGUCCUCCCGCUGUACACCGUCGAAGAGAGCGUCCAUUCUUCCCAGAACCCUUUCUGCGAUCAAUGCAGAUGCACUGGAUGGGGCAACAACUUGGUUUCCAAGAGAAAGUAUCAUAUCAUAAUCCCAGUCCGCAGCAGCUGGAACAGGCAGCUAGAAGAAGGAUCGCUCGAUCUCGAAUCCCAUCUCCUACACGGACUGAUUCACUGCAACGGAUUCGGGCACCUGCUUUGCAUCAACGGGAUCGAAGGCGGCGGCGGUUCCAAGCUCCUCUCCGGCAGGGAAAUCAUGGACCUCUGGGAUCGGAUCUGCGGAUCCCUCCGAGCUCGUUCUGUCUCCGUGGAGGACGUCUCCAAGAAGCGAUCAAUGGAUCUCCGGCUUCUCUACGGCGUCGCCUACGGCCACUCCUGGUUCGGGAGAUGGGGUUACAGGUUCAGCCGAGGAAGUUUCGGAGUAACGGAGCAGAGCUACAACAGAGCUCUGGAAGCCCUCGCUUCUCUCCCGCUCGAUCCAAUUCUCGCGGAUUUCGAUUCCAAGGGCCAAGGAGAGGAAUUGAGGCGUAUGGUUCGACAUUACAGGGAUCUCUGCCGGACCCGAUUGACGAAUCUGGGAGAGCUGCUCCGAUUCAUGCUCGAUUUGAAGUCCUGCCGAUGCGGAAGCAAGAAAGAAGCAAUCCCUAACGGCGUUAACUCAACUCCGUCGUCGAGGGUUCUGGUCAGGAAUCCAUCGCCGUUGACGAGGAAGGCACAGAAUCGAUGCAGGAAGUUCAGCUCCGUAAUCGCGACGCUGGACAGCAGAUGGUCGGCGAAGAGGAUGGAAUUCGCGGCGGGAGUCAUCGUGGAAGCUCUGAAGGUAGGGAAGAGCUUGAACGGCGAAGGGAUGAGCCGGCAGCAGGUGAGGGACGCAGCUCGGAUGCACGUCGGAGAUACGGGGCUGCUCGAUUACGUUCUCAAAUCGAUGAACAACGUCGCCAUCGGGAAUUCCGUCAUCCGGCGAGCUGUCAAUCCCAGAACCAGGACUCUGGAGUACUCCAUUGCCGACCUCGGCCAAGAAGGAUCCAGUUCCGCAGCCGAGAGGAAAUUCCAAGAACAAAGUGGACUUCUCGUCCCAGGAAUCGAUUUGUACGGCGACAUCAGCUAUCUGUACAAGAAUGUGCUGCUUAACUACCCAGAUUCGGAGCUAGUGGACACUGCAACAUUGACUGUUCUAGACUCCAAGCAUUUCGUCAAGGACUGGCCGUUGAAUGACAGAUGCGACCAGCUGCUCAGAUUACUGUGUCGGGUUGACGCCAUAGAUGCCGGGGAGCAGCGAAAGCCGGAUAUCAGCGAGAUAGUAGUACUUCCACCUGAUGCAACCAUGGUGGAGCUCAAACAGGCAGUAGAGGAAGCCCUGAGGGACAGCUACGCCAUGCUGGAGAAUGUGGAGGUGAUAGAGGUUAAGUACAUGGAGGAUGUGGACGAUGAUCAGGCGUUGGCCGGAGAAAUGGAGUCCGGUUCAGAGAUUGUGGUGAGGGUGGCCGUCGCAGGAGGGAGGGAGAUGAAGGUGAUUAGCAGGUGUAGUAGUAGUAGCGGUGAUGGCGAGUAUGAAGGAGGGGCUGAAAACUGGAGAGUGAAGUGCGAGUGCGGAGCUCGAGAUGACGACGGGGAGAGGAUGGUGGCAUGCGAUGUCUGUGAGGUCUGGCAGCAUACGCGAUGUGUCGGGAUCGAUGACUCGGAGAAGGCACCGCCGUUAUUCGUGUGCAGUGGAUGCUGCGUUGCUCUUGGUGGUGAGGACGGUGGUGGUAGAAUGGAGAUGAUCGACUUUGGGACAAGCGUUGAUGAUAUGCUGAUGAUGGGUGGUGGUGGUGGAUUUGAGUGUGGGGGUUAUCUCCUGUGUUGA